CAGGCGAACAUUGCAAUCGGAUUGCUUCCAUAUUCGUUGUUGAAAUGGCGAAUUUAUUCUUCUCACCAUACAACUCUAUAUGGCUGAACACUAGGAAAACAAAAAGGGCGUUUUGCGUGUUUCUAUGGGCAGCCCUUUUCGGGGGCUGCUCCUCCCCCUUCUUCACAGCCACCCCAAAAAGGACAGGAAAAAAAAGUGAUGUUAGAAUACAUGAGACCUGAACUGCACCCUUACACACCCAGCACUCCAUCCACGCUAUUGCACCGUUUUUUGCCCUAAGGUCUGGCGAAAAAGAACCUAGAUUAACAAAAGAGAAAAAAAGGAAAAUAAAAAAGUCUUGUGUUCCCCAAACCUCGAGAAAAUCCCCUCCACUCCACAUGUCUAAAUCGUCAACAAGAUUU